AGAGAGAGAUUCAUAGCCAUAUAGUCCAUAUAUAGGAUCUUGUCUUCCGAAACCAAGACUCAGAAAUCAGAAUCUCGGUGCAUUUUCAGCCAUACUUUCAUCCAAUAUGGCAAUAGAAAGCAGCUUCCAGGACAUGCUUCUGAAGGUGGUGCUCUUUGUUGUAGUUCAGGCUCUCGUCUAUCUCAUUCUCUCCGGCUCUUCCAACAUCUUUUCCAAGAGGAAGCCCAGGCCUAACAGUUUCCGGCCGGCCCGCUCCAUCAGCAUCCGACGAAUGCUCGCCGUGCUCGCCGACAUGCCCGCCGGCGGCGAGCCAUCUCCUUCUCCCAAGGACCUCAAUAAGCAGAGCCAACCAGACCCUGCUGUUUGCACAUCCCCAUCUUAGAACACUCCUCCCUCCUUUAUAACUCUAUUGUUAGGAGUUGAGGAUACCUGGGCGGAUUUUUCAUUCCUUCUUUUAUAUUUGUACAAAAUUUUGGUGAGAAAGGUUUUAUUUAUUAUUUUUUAUUUUUUAUUUUUUGAGAUGAAUUUGAGGUUUGAUUUGGUUCGGUUUGAUGUUAUUGUGAACACCGAUGUUUAAGAAGGGAACAUUAUUUUUAUUUUUUGUGUUCUUAAUGUAUUGGCUCAUACAAUGAUUAGCCAUCAAAGCUGAUUUGGAAGCUGAAUCAUUAAUUUUACACACGUCUUAAGUAA